CAAAGCAAAGCAUUAAUAUAAAAUAAAUUUUACCUUAACAUAUUGAAAAGAAAUCAACUUUCAAUUCUACAUUAUUAUUACGGUGUCCUUCAAUUUAACAACUUCCAAUUUAACUAUUUUUCUACUUCUCAAUUAUUUUUUGAGAACAUUUUAAUAAAUGUUUCCAGUUAUGCCUCAAAAUCAGACGAACAUCAAGCGGACUCCUAAGAAACAACUUUAUGCCAAGACCAGUUCGAACCCAGCUCUGUGGACGAGCAAGGGAGUCAUCGAGUGGAACGAAAUCUCUACUCCUAGGUCAAUUAAUAGCAAACCCAAACCGAGAGAGAAACAGAGGCAAAGGUCAGUUGACCUCACAGACGGGUCAAAUGUGUACACGAUGCAACAAAACAACCCGGAGACAUCGAGUAAGAAAAAAGCACAUCAUCGAAGUAGUCACCAGCUGUACUCGCAGACAGAAAGUCCAAACUGGGGAAACCAAGGAGUGAAGGGGAUCCAGGGUAGCGAGAAGCACUCGAAACACAUCACUCCUGUCCGAAAAGGCACUCCCAAAAGCCUCCAAUUGAGUUAUUCCAAGCACGACGAAACAAUAAUGAACCACGUUGCCACCAAGCGAAACUCAAUCGAGAACCUGUCUCAGAGUAGCGUCGACCACAAAUACGUCGGCUCAGUGCACCUCAAAAAAGAGAAAGAUGAAUCAUCAUCUCAAACUAUGGUCCGAAACUUCGACGUAUCAAUUUGGCGAAGCUGUGAAAUAGUCGAAAUGGUCGGAACUCCGUCUGCAAAGUAUCUCAAAAACCAAACUCUGGCUGUGACCAUCUCUUGUUGGAACUAUCUGUUUUCAAACGCUGGGAAAGGAUUCGGCAAGCCAGUGUCUUGGCGAAUGCUGGAAAGAAUUCUCACAGAUAAAGACGUCUUGGAUUUCACAGUUAAUAACUCGACUGUGAAUGACAUUUUGGUACAGUGGAUCUUCACACUGAAUGAUAAAUUCGGCACCAAGAUUAAUGCGUUUAUGUUUUACAAACCGGUGGGGCGAAACAGUACAAAUUUGACAGGGGGCGAGGCACUGACAAUCUUGCAGAAUGAGUUGAACCAUAAAAACACCUUGUUUAUAUACCACGCACACGAUGCUCUCCUGAUUCCCGUGGGAUACCAAGUCACCAAUGGUGCGCUUUUGGGUCGUAACGAGGAAGUGACUGUGGUGGUGAUGUUUGACCCCUGUACAGGUCAACUGCUCUCCAUUCCAUGGGUGGACAUUAUCACUGACCUUGAGUGCCAACUGCCAUACUAUUACGACGUCAAGAGCAAAUCGCAAGGACUUCUGGUGAACUCGAAGGCCUCUUCUGGAAACAGCCACUGCAUCAUCGCAUUCCAGGAUGACACAGACAGUCAGUUCAGAGUGAAACUGGACCAGCAGAGCAACAAGAGCAAAGGAACUUCAAACAAGUACAAAUGACCCAUACAAACCAACACACGAAUAAAUAUCCAAAAAGUGACAAAGCUCUCAAUAGAUGCAUCUA